AUGGCACAUGCUCCCCUACUGCGAACCAACACGGCACCGGUAUUCUCACAGUCUUCGAACGGUGUCGGAGGCAUCAGUACCAUGAGCCAUGCGCCGCGCGCCAGCCAACUGUCUGGCUCAACAGCGUACAACAGCUCCUCCGCCUCGCUAGCCUCGUUGUCAUCCGCGGCUACUGCUGCGACGACCGCCACCACGACACCCCAGAAUGGCGGGCCCGUCAUAGCCACGGCUAACAUCAUCAACCAGAAGGCCGAUGCCUCUCGCUCGCUCUAUCAUCUGUGUAUGGCGCUCAAAGUGAGACUCGCCCAGGUUCCCGACUUUGGUCCCUCCCUCCAGCAACUCGAUCCGUACGAUCCAGUCGAGUCCCUUUGGGGUCUAUUUCGCACCGGUUUCCCUCUCCUCGAGAUCUAUAAUGCGCUGCAACCCACUGUGCCCCUCAAAAUCGAGGACUCGGUCCCCAAGACCACGACUGCCGACAAGAAAGCCAAGAUUGCUGUUUUCAAGUUCAUCCAGGCUUGCCUGAAGGAUCUUGGUAUUCCUUCUGCUGACUGUUUCGUCAUAAACGAUGUCCUGGGCAACGAUACAACGGGUUUCGUCAAGGUGGUCAAUUACGUGCUCGAUCUCGCGCAGGAGCGUGGCCUGCUUCUGCAGGCUCAGCCGUACCCUGAAGACGAAGCCGCUCCCGAACCAGGCUCAAAACUGAGCUACCGCGACUACAUUGUUAAGGAGUUGGUUGAUACCGAGCGGAAAUAUGUGCAGGAUCUCGAGAACCUGCACGAUCUGAAGAGCAGCCUCGAGACCAAGGGCAUCAUCACCGGUGACACCAUUCACCAGAUUUUCCUGAAUAUCAACGCCAUCCUGGACUUCCAGCGGAGGUUCCUCAUCCGCGUCGAGACGACCAAUUCUAUGCCACAGAGCUCCCAGCAUUGGGGAGCCCCUUUUGUUGUUUAUGAGGAAGCCUUCGAUAUUUACCGCCCUUUCAUCGCCAACCAGCGGAAGGCCGCGCAAGUAGCGAACCAGGUUUUCGAGCAGAUCAAGACGGCUGCGCAUCCAGUGGCAGUCGACUUCAAUACGCUGGACGGUUUCCUGCUGAAACCAAUGCAGCGUCUCGUGAAGUACCCUCUUCUGCUCAAGGAUCUGAAGAAGAAGACGGAAGACGAGACUGCCCAGAGCGAAUUAGCUGCCGGCAUAGAGGCUGCGGAGCGAGUUCUCACCAAGGCAAACGAAGAAGUCAAUCGCGAUCUUCUUGAUGAGGCGCUCGAGGAGCUCCGUGUCCGCGUAGAUGACUGGAAGAGCCACAAGAUUGAACAGUUUGGUAAGCUGCUGAGGCACGGUGUCUACACCGUCGUAACCGGAAAGACAGACCAAGAAAAAGAGGAGAUCUCUCCGAACAAGAGCAAGGACAAAAAGGACAAGACACGGUCCACUGGCCCAAAGAUUCGCAACAAAAACGCGAAGCUCCAGCUAAAGGGCAGAAUCUUCAUGACGAACGUCACGGACGUCGUUUCCCUCUCCAAACCAGGUCAGUCCUCACCGGCUCCUGGCCUCCUGGCCAACGCAACUGACGAACAUGCAGGUUCUUAUAGUGUUCAAAUUUGGUGGAAGGGCGAUCCUGGCGUCGAGAAUUUCAUGAUCAAGUUCAACAACGAGGAGAUGCUGAAAAAGUGGGCUCUCGGCUUGGAGACGCAGCGUAAGGUAUGGGCUCAAAAGACCGCAGGCAGCCCGGAUCAAGCAGCGCCCGAAUUCGCUUGGACCCAAGCUCACGGGAGCAAGCUUGAGAAUCCAUAUCUCAACCAGGGCGAUGACGAGGACGAUGAGGACUUGGGCCCAACGUCAGCGCCACCCCAAUUCCCAAUGUCGCAGCAAACAUCCGGGAAUGGACCGCGCCUCCCUCGCAACGCAUCAAGCACCAGCCUUCGCCAACGGUCUGCCACAAACGACAGCACGGGCUCAUUGGCCGGCAUGGUCCGCGCCGCUCCCCCACGCUUCCCGUUGCCUCAGCCUCCGGGACCGUUGAGUGUCCAAACUCAGCUCCUCCCGGGCCAGUCCUCGCCUGGUUUCCGCGGCGGCGACUCGUACUUUUCACCCAUUGCCGAAUCGCCCGCCUCGUCCAGGGCAAGCACUGCCAGUUCCAUGAUGCCGCCCUCUGCUUACCCGUUCCCAAAAACGUCGACGCCCCAGCCUGGCUGGGGAGAAGAGCAGAACCGGUACACAGCACCGGCCAUGCCGCGUGCCCCUUCGAGGGAUGGUCCUUCGCCGAACCCGUAUGGGAACGGGAGGAACCCUCGAGGGCCCUCACUGCCGGCCAUGGCCUCGAACAACCAGAGCGCGGCCCAACAACAACGAAGUCGCUCGUACAGCACACCGGAUAUCAAUGGGCCCAACGGUGUGCCAAGCGCACGCCGCAACCCCUCAGUGCCAUCGAUCCCAGCAGUACCAGGCAUUCCGUCCCAUCUGCACCCAGCUCAUGACGGCAAUCUUCCCCGCUCUCAGACCGGGUCUCCCCGACAGCAGAAUGAGCUUCCCAUGAGGUCAAACACGCAGAGCCCGGGUACCCAACGUGAGCGGCAAUACGGCCAUCAAUCAUCGGGUAGUUAUGGUGGCACCAUGUCUCACUUUCCCGCUCAGCCGAUUUACCCCCGACACGGAACUCCCACUCAGGGCUUUCACAACGAGCGGAACCUCAGCAUCGACGCAACCGCAGCAGGUCGAUCUAUUUCGCCUGGCUUGGGUACCGCCUCUGGGAUCCAGACCAAUCCUCUAGCCAGCCCGGACCUGCCAAUCCCCACUCAGCUAAAGGUCAAGGUAAACUGUGUUGACAGUGGGAACUAUGUUACACUAGUGGUUGCAUUCAACAUCACGUACCAGUCCCUCAUUGACCGCAUCGACGCUAAGCUCGCUCGCUUCACCAGCAGCAGCAUCAGCAAAGGCGCGUUGAAGCUGCGUUAUCGUGAUGAGGAUGGCGACUUCGUCACCAUUGAGAGUGACGACGACAUUCAAAUCGCAUUCCUGGAAUGGCGCGAGGGCGUACGAAACAUGUACGCUGGUGGCGUUGGCGAGAUUGAGCUCUUCUGCGUAGGAGACACAGGUGGCGGAGGCAGCAACGUUUGAACGGGUUUUGGGGUGAAUGAGGGGUUUCCCUCACCUCGCGUUUCAUCUUCCGGGCUUGACGGAUCAUCGUAGCAUACACCCGAUCGAGUCCCUUUCAUCUCGCAUUCUUGGAGUCUGGAGUUGGGAUUCCGGCCGCAUUCUGACGGAUUACUUCUGAGCCGCCCGCGGCUUUUGAUAUUUUUCUCUUUCAUCAUGGAUAAGGAAGCGGGGGAUGGAGGGUGUGAGCCGCACUUGUGGCCAGGUCCAUUGUUAUAGGGCAUUUGAGGCUUUUCGCGAAUCUAGACGGACUGGGUCAGCAUACCCAUUUUUUGGACCAUUAUGGCAUUCGGUUUAUCACUCGCUACGGAUAUGGGGGCAUUGGAUCAUGAAUUUGUUGCUGACG